UUAAUCGCAGUUAUCGUCGCAACCCGUUCCCCCCUCUCCCCCCACUCAAACCCUUUGAGCGUGUGUUGAUGCUAGUCCCCUUCCAUUUUUAGGGUUUUUGUUCCCUCCCCGGAGCGAACAAAACCCUAAUAAAUGGUCGAUUCCUCUCCCAAGGGCUUCCCCCGCGGUUUCCGUUUUAGGGGUUUUGUCGCCGAAGGUUUUAGGAUCUUGAUGAGAGUAAAUUUGAGUCCCUUCUCUUGUUUUGAGUAAUCAAACCGAUAAUGGUUGAGGCGAAGGGCGAAACGAGCGGUGGCCUCCAAUUCGCUUGGGGCGCGAAGAAAGGGCGCGGAGGCACGAAGAAGAACGUGCAAUUCUACUACUCGUUCACGUUCGAUAAUGUGGAGUACUGGUUGUAUGAUUCUGUGUAUCUUUUCGAUGAGGGCGAUCCCGAGCCGCACAUCGGGAAGAUUGCGAAGAUAUGGGAGCAUUCGGACGGCAGGAAGAGAGUUAAGAUCCUGUGGUUUUUCCAGCCCGGUGAGAUCAAGGCUUACUUGGGAGAUAAUGUGCCGCAGGAGAAGGAGAUCUUUUUGGCUUGCGGAGAAGGCGACGGCCUCGCCGAUGUCAAUCCGCUGGAAACAUUAGCUGGCAAAUGCUGUGUAGUUUGCACUUCAAAGGACGAGAGAAAUCCACAACCUUCUCAAAAUGACUUGGCAAUGGCUGACUACAUAUACUAUCGUUUGUUUGAUGUUGGGAGCUUGACAGUAUCUGAAAAAUUUCCAGAUAAAAUAGCUGAUGUUGAAGUCAAAGAUAUAUUAAGUCGGGUAGAAGAUUUGACACAGAGUUCAGCUUCUAGACUGGAAGUGAAUGGAAUUGAUGAAAAUGGAAUGGUUGGUUGUGCUCCAGUUUUGAAUUCAUCCUCCAGGUCUGACUUGAGAGUGCUGGAUAACAGAUUAGUUGGUGAUUACUCUGGUGGUAUUGUUAAUUCAGCAACGAGGGAUAAUGAUCGAGACAGUAAAAGUCUGAGAGAAGGUGAAAGCCUUCCAGAUGGCAAGGCUUCUACUCAAACAGGAACUCAAUCUGCAAAAGACAAGGUGGAAUUACUUAAUUCUGUUAGUAAUCAUGUUGAAGCGAAUUUCAAAUCUGCUAAAAGUAAAGCUGGUUCAAGUUUAUUAUCUGACAAACCUUCCAAGAAAAUGAGAUUGUCUGAUGGUUCUUCGACUCCACGGGAAAAUAUACAAAAUGGAGCUGGUGCAAAGAAGUCAAUUGCCGGAUCUGAUGGUCGUGAUGCAUCUGUUAGAGAUUCUCCGCAGUUGCAAAGAAUACCUUCUGAUAAAAAGAAGUUAACUUUUGGUUCUGAUGGUGAUGAUGCAUCUGUUAGAGAUUCUCCAAGGCUACAAAGAAUACCUUCUGAUAAGAAGAAGCUUGCUGAGAAUAAAUCUAAAAAUUUGGAUGAAUCUGUUCAGAAAGCAGCUCCUGCUAGUUCUGAAAAUGAAAAGGAAGCGACAUAUCAAACUGUGGAAGUGACCCGAAGGCCCGAUACUGAUAGAAGCAAAUGGUUCAAGGGACUUACUUGGGAGGUUCUAAUGGAGAAGGCUGAAACUGAACAAACGCUUGUAUAUAUUCAGAAUUUGGAUCCAUCCUACACAUCAUCUGAUGUGGUGGAUAUCAUCUAUAAUGCUUUGAACUUGUCGUGCAAGGCAAGGGUAGUAAAUCACCCCACUUUUGGAAAUCCUAAUUAUGGACAAGCAUAUGCCAUUUUCAAAUCAAGGGAUGCUGCUGAUAAGGCAGUUUCAACCAUUAACUCGGGGUGUUUAAUGCUUCCGGAUGGAAGGCCCCUUUUCUGCAGUAAAGGCAUGCUACAGAUUCCUAAACCAUUGCCUACUUUUACUGGUCAUUUACAAAUCGAUAAAAUCAAGUUACAAAUGCAACGCGAGGAAAUGAAGAAAGCUGUUUCAACCUCACACUGCUCGCAGCCCAACACAAUCGAGUAUGACAUGGCUAUGGAGUGGAUUCUUGCACAAGAAAAGGCCACAAGAUGCCUCAGGGAGUUGCAUAAGCGGCAUUAUGAAGAGCGGAAGCAAUUUCUGAAGAGACUCAAUAAAAAAUGAUCAACUGUUUAGGUUACCGACCUUUGUCCUACAAUUAGCGAGGAGUAACUUUUUGUGAGGAUAUCGAGCGAGCACGCAUGCGAAGUGAUGCUUGUUUUUGGCUGUGGAACACAGAUUCGAAAGCUGGUUUAGAAUCAAGGAGAUGACUUAUUUUGGGGUAAAUCGAUCUUCGUCUCGGGUCGUCUGCUCGCUCUAUUCUUCUAUUUUGUAACAAGGAAGAAUGGACUGUGAGAUUAAAUCCGAUCGUCGUGGGUGCUCGGUACUAACUUGCCUUCUGUAAAUGCUUAGAUCCUGUUAGUUUUUUAGGGCGAAAUUCUCGUGUAUAUCACUAUAUUUAGCUAGUAAACUAUAGUGGCUAAAAUUCGUCAUAUUUGCAUUUGCACUAACAUAUGAAGGUUGCAGAUUUCAACA